AUGGUGCAUGGGUUUGUGCCCACGGCCAACUCAACUCACAAGAAAGCAAAACAGCCGAAGUAUCGCGAGCUACUGAAUGAUGAUGAUGUGGAUCAUGAUGUUGAAGAUGUUGGAGAUGAUGAUGUGGAUCAUGAUGUUGAAGAUGUUGAAGAUGAUGAUGUGGAUCAUGAUGUUGAAGAUGUUGGAGAUGAUGAUGUGGAUCAUGAUGUUGAAGAUGUUGAAGAUGAUGAUGUGGAUCAUGAUGUUGAUGAUGUUGGAGAUGAUGAUGUGGAUCAUGAUGUUGAAGAUGUUGAAGAUGAUGAUGUGGAUCAUGAUGUUGAAGAUGUUGAAGAUGAUGAUGUGGAUCAUGAUGUUGAAGAUGAUGAUGUGGAUCAUGAUGUGGAUCAUGAUGUUGAUGAUGUUGGAGAUGAUGAUGUGGAUCAUGAUGUUGAUGAUGUUGAAGGUGAUGAUGUGAUAACAUCACAAUACAAAAACACUUACAUCAACAUUAAUGUCUGCCAUCGUCAAGUUAAUGUGGUAAUGUUAACUCAGCAAGAAAAACAGGAUGUGGAUGAAGUGCAUAACUAA